UGACAUGACUAAGGAAUGGUCCAAACAGGACAAAAUAGGGAUCGAGGAAAAAGAAAAAAAUGGGUCAAAAUGCAACUGCUGAUCGGCAAAUCAAGUGAAACGGCUGAAGCCUCUCCUUUCUUUGGUUAGGUAGGAACGUCUUUGAUCUACCUAAGAUUCAAGGUUCCGAGCCCGAAUCAAUUGAACGAAAAGGCUGGGCUUCUGUCUCUGAUAAUCUUUUCUUCGGCCAAUAACAGCCGGUGAAGGUUUCUGUAAUCUUCGAUUCCUGCGUUGUUUUUGAUUGUAGACUAAAAUCACGACUUAUACAUCUCACCUACUGAGUCAAUCCAAGAAGUUGAGGAUUGCUCCAAAUAUAUUCCGAACUGACUCUACCAUUCUGGUCCGUCGGUUCUCAAAAGCUGCUUGCCCCUCCAUCAAUAAAGGAGAUGUUUAAUUCACAAAAAUCAUCAUUGUCACCUCAAGUUGGACUAGGUCUUGGGGUUCAGGGAGUAGGUCUAAAUUCCGUUACAUCAACUUCUUUGCAACAGGCAAAUUUAAUUCAUCCACAGGCUACUCAGCAUGCUUUGAGUUCACCUGGACCCAAAGAGUCAGAUCAAGGACAGAAUUACAAGGCUUGUUGUGUUGCCACUUUAUCCUCAGUUCUCCAUUUCUACAAGUGGGUCAAGCAUUCACCUUCUCCAAAGUAUCUUCAGGUGAUGAUAUUCUUCAGUGCACAUGGGGUGCCGGCUAGCUAUGUUGAAGAGGCAGGAGAUCCAUACAGAGAUCAGAUGGGGGAGUGCAUUAGCUUGAUCAUGCAAGAGUUGAAAUAUAGGGGAACUAAUAAUGAUCAUACUCUUGCUUAUCAGAGCCGAGUUGGACCUGUACUGUGGUUGAAGCCCUAUACCGAUGAAGUUAUUGUUGAUCUUGGUCAGAAAGGUGUAAAAAGUCUCCUGGCUGUCCCUGUAAGUUUUGUAAGCGAGCAUAUAGAAACUCUGGAAGAGAUUGAUAUGGAGUACAAGCACAAGCACUUGGCUCUUGAAUCUGGCAUUGAAAAUUGGGGUUGAGUCCCUGCUCUGGGUUGUACUUCUUCCUUCAUCUCUGAUUUAGCAGAUGCUGUGCUGAAACUCUACCUUCAGCCACAAUCAUGUCUACCACAAGCACAUCUGAAGACGAUACUGAGGAUCCAGUCAAAUAUGCAAUUUCAAUCAAUAGCAUUUUCAGAGCCAUCCAUACACAUACUAUGCCACCACCCAUGCUUGUAUUUUUGUAAAGAAGUUUUUGGGAAAAGCCGAAGAAGUUUUUGUAAAGAAGUCUUUUGAAUGGAGCUUGAUAUUUUUAAGAAUAAAUGGACGAAACUUGUAUUUUUUAGAAUGAAUGGAUGAAUUAAUGGAAUUUGUAUUUUUGUUUUUUUUUG